CCGCUGCCCGCUACAGCUCUGGCAAGCUUGACGCGCAGGUCGUCGUGCCUAGAGGUCCGGCCAGUUUAGUUUGGCUUGGGGCAGCAUCAAUCCGCAUCGCAUCACUCUCCGCCAUCACAAUCAACAACAUUGAAGCUACGCAACAGUCACAGAUUAAGCUGUAGCCUCUCCAGAAACAAUGGCGGACAGAUAUUCCUUCUCUCUCACAACAUUCUCGCCCAGUGGCAAGCUGGUGCAGAUUGAGUAUGCGCUCAACGCUGUCAACCAGGGUAUUACCGCCCUAGGCAUCAAAGCCACAAACGGUAUUGUCCUCGCUACCGAAAAGAAGUCGUCAUCGCCAUUGGCCGACCAGAGCUCCCUGUCCAAGAUCAGCACCAUCACACCCAACAUUGGCACCGUCUACUCCGGCAUGGGCCCUGAUUACCGAGUCCUGGUCGAUCGCGCGCGCAAGGUUUCACACACCGGCUACAAGAGAAUCUAUAACGAAUACCCCCCGACCCGCAUAUUGGUGCAAGAUGUCGCCCGAGUGAUGCAGGAGGCAACCCAGUCCGCUGGUGUCCGCCCUUACGGUGUCAGCAUGCUCAUUGCCGGCUGGGAUGACGGUAUUGAGCCCGAGAACGAGGAGGAGGGUGCCGAUGAGGAUAACGGCGAGAAGAAGAAGACCACAAAGACUGGCGGCAUUCACAAGGGCGGUCCUAUGCUUUACCAAGUCGACCCCACGGGCAGCUACUUUCCCUGGAAGGCUACUGCCAUUGGCAAGAGUGCAACCAAGGCCAAGACGUUCUUGGAGAAGCGUUACUCUGAGGAGCUUGAGCUCGAAGACGCCAUCCACAUUGCCUUGCUCACUCUGAAGGAUAACAUUGAGGGCGAGAUGAAUGGCGACUCGAUCGAGAUUGGUAUUGUCGGUCCUCCCGCUAACCAUCUGCUGGGCAUUGAGGGCGUUGAGGGAGCUGAAGGCCCCCGCUUCCGUAAACUGACACCUCAAGAAAUUGAGGAUUACUUGACGAGUCUAUGAUAGCGUUCGACGCAAGAUGAAUGUAUAAUAGAGGACGACAAAACAAUUCAAUCAAAUAAAAGAACGUCGGCU